ACCGGUUUCGGUUGUUGUGGUGUGUGUGUGUUUUGCACUCACCAACGACGCAGUUGUGUUGUGUGCAGAGAGAGAGAGAGAGAGAGAGAGAGAGAGAUCUGCGUAUAUUCUAUUUCCGUCUUCAGUGCAGUUUAAUCUUCAAACUGACACUACCCAACACAACUAAUCAUUCACUCCGAUCUCAUUGAACUGAACCACCAUGAACCAAUAAGCCAAACCCGACCCAACCAGAUCCAAUCCAACAACGUCUCAGAGACAUGGUCUUUGCCAAACUCCAGGGUGCGAAGAACAACCUCCGAAUCUCUUCCUCCCUCCAGGAUCUAUCUUCCUACCGGAACAUCGACCCGGAACAUGGCCUUCUCCGAGACCCCAUCAACGCAAGUUUCUCCAAGACCAAACCGCUCCAGCUCCCCAACCCGGUUCGCCGCAAAUGCCUCGCCCCGAUCGCGAUCAUUGCCUUCCUCCUCCUCAUCCUUUUCCUUCUCUACAUCUUCUACUCCCACCAAGCCUCCCCCAAAUACUACGUCGUUCUCGACUGCGGCAGCACCGGGACACGUGUCUACGUCUACAAGGCCCAAGUCCAACAACCGCACUCCACCAACUUCCCCAUUGCCAUCCAAUCCCUAAAAGACGGCCUCCGUAAGAACCCCGCCAGUGGCCGCGCCUACGACCGGAUGGAGACCGAACCGGGCCUCGAUAAACUCGUCCGCAACGUAACCGGUUUGAAAACCGCGCUCAAACCGCUUCUAAAAUGGGCGCAGAAGCAGAUUCCUGAAGCUUCCCACAGGUCCACUUCCUUGUUCCUCUAUGCCACCGCCGGGGUCCGGAGACUCCCCUUCGAUGACUCCAAGUGGCUGCUCGAUAAUGCUUGGAACGUGCUUAAAGGUUCGCCUUUUGUGUGUCGGAGGGCUUGGGUGAAGAUCAUUUCCGGCACUGAGGAAGCUUACUUUGGCUGGAUUGCCCUUAAUUAUGACAGUGGCAAUCUCGGCGUUGAGCCCCGUAAGGAAACCUACGGUGCCCUUGAUUUGGGCGGUUCUUCUCUUCAGGUGACGUUUGAGGGUUAUAAUCAACAGCAUUUCAAUAGUGAGACUAGUUUGUAUGUUAGGAUUGGGUCUGUAAACCAUCAUUUGACUGCUUAUUCUCUUACUGGUUACGGCCUCAAUGAGGCCUUUGAUAAGUCUGUUGCGCGUGUUUUCAAGAAGUUUGGGUAUAGUGUUGCGGAUGCUGUGAAGGGGAAUGUGGAGGUUAAGCAUCCGUGCUUGCAGUCUGGAUACAAGGAGCGCUACACGUGCUCGCAUUGUGCUGCUUUGGCGAAAGGAGGGGAGAGUCCUAAGGUUGAGGGGAAUGAGAAUUUGUUAGGGAAGAAUGAAGGAUUGAAGACCACGGUGACUCUUGUUGGCGUGCCGAAUUGGCAGGAGUGUAGCGCCCUGGCGAAGGUUGCUGUGAAUUUGUCUGAAUGGAGUGAUGUUAGUCCUGGUCUGGAUUGUGAGAUUCAACCCUGUGCUCUUGGUGAUGACUUGCCUCGCCCUAUGGGACACUUUUAUGUGAUUUCUGGAUUUUUUGUGGUGUAUAGAUUUUUCAACUUGAGUGCAGAGGCCACGCUUGAGGAUGUGUUGGAGAAGGGUAGGGAAUUCUGUGAGAAGAGAUGGGAUGUUGCAAAGACGAGUGUUGCUCCUCAGCCCUUUAUUGAGCAGUACUGCUUUCGGGCACCGUAUAUUGCAUCAUUGCUUAGAGAGGGUUUGCACAUUACCGAUAAGAGUAUAACUGUUGGUUCUGGAAGUAUCACUUGGACACUUGGAGUGGCUUUGUUGGAAGCUGGGAAGGCGUAUUCUGUUAGAUUUGGCCUUCGUGGUUUUGGCUUGCUUCAGAUGAAGAUGAAUAUACCUUUUCUUGUUCCCAUUUUGAUACUUUCGUUUAUUCUUCUGCUUUGUGCUUUAUCGUGGGUUGUCAAUUGGAUGCCAAGAUUUUUCCGGAGACAAUAUCUUCCAUUUUUCAGGCAUAACAGUGGGUCCAGUGCAUCUGUCCUUAAUAUCCCAUCUCCAUUUCGGUUUCGGCGGUGGAGUCCAAUCAAUUCUGGGGAUAGAAUAAAGACCCCGCUCAGCCCAAGAGCCGCAGCUUCACAGGGUAGAUCGUUUAGCCCGGGGCAGGGUCUUGGUGAUAACAGUGGCAACAUCCAGCUGAUGGAGUCUCCCUUUCAUCCAUCAACUGGUAGUGUUGUGCAUAGUUAUUCUUCAAACAAUUUAGGGCAGUUGCAGGUUGACAGCAGUAGUAUAGGGGCAUUCUGGUCGUCCCACAGAAGUCAGAUGCGUCUGCAGAGUAGGAGAUCUCAAUCUCGAGAAGACCUGCAUUCCUCAUUGGCUGAGACGCAUAUGGUGAAGGUUUAGGGGGUGAUCUUCUGAAAACUUUGCAUUUCAGUUUUUGUCAUGGAGAUGACCAAGGGGGCUAAAGAAGAGUUGGCAAGAUUGUUUUAUUCCAUUCUAAUUUACAUCUUCUGGAUCGUACUUCUAAACUGAUUUCUUCCACGAGAUGCAUAGCACAACAAACAAGUUCAUCAUUCCUAAUCACACUCUCCUUUAGUGGCUUCUGAGGAUCCAUGUUCUACUGUCACUGUACAGUUUUCCGGUACCAUAAGCCUUUUGAUUAUGAAUGAAGCAUCAAAGUGUGGCAGAGAGAAUAUCUUCAAACUGAUGAGAUCAAUUCAUUUGUGACUAUUUUCUUGCCAUUUUUUAGAGUAAUAAACCUCCAUUACUACAGAGAAUCUUCCCAUGCUUCAAAGGGGACUUGUGACUGGAAAGCUCUAAAAGUUAGAUCUCUUAGAAAAGUUGUAAUAUAGUACAAUGCUCACAUCUUAUAUGUCAAAUAAGCUAUUGAAUCCAGUUUCACCUUGCAACCUACUUACUUACUCCAUUUUCUUCCUAAAGACGUUAUGCUACUUUCCAAUGAAGCAAAGCCUUCAGCUUGAAUAUUUAUACAGCAAAUAGCAUUCAUUACUAUAGAUGUUCGGAUCCCAAAAUAAAUAGCAUCGAUUUUAUUGAUAGAGAA